GUGCGUCCUUCGGAAACACGAGAAGUGUCGCUUUCAGAGGAGCAAGUACCAACAUGCCCACAUUACGGGACUUCCAAGUCAACUGUGGCAAUAUAUAAAAGUCGGAAAUGGAUCUUUAACCAGGCGUCUGUCGGCACUGCAGCGACGAUGUGUCAUAAACAAGAACCGGUUAUUGGAAUCACUUUUAGCGUUUCAUGUUAAAAACGGCACAAAUGAAGCUUUAAAUUCGGUAGGCGCGCGUCGGUUAUGCGCGUUUGCGUAAAAUCUUCAAGUAAGCGGCAGCGGACGCGUCCCUUCGGGAUUCACACCAACAACUACAGACUUUUUUGUACGUUUUCACGCUUCACUUACAAUGAGCCAGACUAAAGUCAUGAAGGACGGCUAUUUGGAGAAGAGGAGCAAUGGACUUCUACAGCUGUGGAAGAAGAAGCGCUGCGUUCUGACGGAGGACGGAAUCCGUCUGUACGACUGCAAAGGCGAGAAGGGUAAAGAGAUGCGCUUCGAGCGGAUGGGCACGCUGGAUUGCGUGGAGUACACGCGGGGUCUGGUGUACUUCACCAUCGUGAUGAGCGACGGCAAAGAGAUCGACUUCAGGUGCCAGCAGGAGGGAACGGCGUGGAACGCGGAGAUCGCGCUCGCGCUGGUGCGCUUCAAAAACCGCGUCGCCGUUCAGACCGGCAGGAACAGACAUAUGUCACAUCUGGGAAGCUGCGGGGAGGGAGACGUCGAGCUUUGAGGAAUAUCUCAGCUCACACACAGACUGAAUUCAAGAAAGAGAGACUUCAGAUGAGAGACUGAAAGCUGAAGAAAGAUUUAUUCUGAUUCUCGACCACAAAGAAGUUUGAAGACUCUUUUGUACUUCCGCCAUUUUUUCAAAUCACAUCCACGCCUUUUUGUGUGCACAUGAGCAAAGUGGAUGGAAUCGUAGCCGUUGGUGUCAGUCGGCACGGAGAAUCUCAUAAACAGUGGAAUUAUUUUGCUCGCACGUUUGUUGCAGAAGCCCUGGAUUGCUCAUCCCUCUAAUUCAACGCAUGCUAAUGUCACAUUGAGCGGAUUUUGGCGAAGACUUUGCAUUUUUCAAGAGACAUUUGUAUGUUGUUUUGCAUUCACACCCAGCAGUAUUAUAAAUGAAAGCAUGAUGCCGCUUUAGAAGACAUUCGAUGAAGUAUGACUCAUGGCCCCUGUGCUGAACUGUUUAACAUUUCAGAAGUGCUUGAAAACACAACCUGGAUUCAUUCAGUCGUCCUUCAAGGGUUUUUAAACAUAGCAGGAAGACCGGACUGCUGUUUUUUGGAACGUAUCCCAUGGAUGAAUGGAAGACUUGAUGUUCGUUUCUGUUGGGCAACGUUGUUAUUACUUUUACACAGUUUUUCCAUAUUCUCUAGAUUUCAUAGCCUGAACGGCUGCCAAAGUUCUGUGCUCUUCUAAGGAAAGGAGUGUUUUUUUGUAUAGCACACACAUUGUUCGAAUAAACAAAAUAAUUUGUGGCUUCGUACGUUAUAUUAGUGUGAAUUUCUUUAUAAAGGAUAUUUCAGAAUAGCCUGCUCAAUUCUAUGUGACGAGUGCAGCCCAUAAUUCCCUCAUUUACCCGACUCUCAAACUCAAGUGCUUGUGCGGCACAUGCCCGGACAAUGGCCUCACUGACUAAUAACGUCCCGCCUGUUCUGUUUUCCUCACUUGUCAGUUUAACUCUGACGGUCCUUAGAGAAGUUGUCAAACAGGGCUUUUUGUCUAAAGAGCGAGUUUGUUUUGUCAUUGUGCGGUAAUCCGUAAAAUGUAAGUGUUACAUCUUAAAUGCGCUCCAAGCAGCGGGGGUAUAUUCAGCGGUAAUCUGAAACAUGCCGCGACCAGUUUGUGGUCAAAAACAGGCGACUAACACACUGCGAUCCGUGUGGUCACUUAAUCUGAUAAUAACACACGGAGAAGUCAGUUUGUGUGCAUAUUGUAUAGCUCCUGUCCCACCUCCAGGCGGUUUUAAUGCCGUGGGCCGUGCCUGUGGUGUUGCAAUAAUAGGGAGAUUGUGUGUAUUGGAAAACCCCAAAGCUUUCUACUGAGACGGCUCUGUUAAAAAAAGCCACAAUCAUGAGAUGACUCAGCGGCCUGGCGGCGAAACCUUACCAAGACUUUCCUUACGCCUUGACCUUACUAUAUUUGUGAAAUAGUCUUGUUGUGCAGUGUCAAAAUAAAGUGCUCUCAUGAAUGUCUUUGGGUGUGUGAAGUGCGUAAUUAGACCAAAAUACAUUAAUUAUCACAACAAGUUGCUAAGCUGUGAGUCGCUCUGUGGCAAGAGCCAUAAAUGUAUUAUGGCACAAUUAUGUUGCAUAAAUCUUCAAAGGGAAUUUACAGCAACAGUUGUUAAGGUUGCCGUGUCUGAGUCCAUUAGAAUGUGUGAUGUAGAGAAGCCUGGAUUUGAUUUACUUCCUGUUUGGCACCCUGCUAUACUGCUUUGAGAUGUUUCCGUUCCCAUGAAGACCGAAAAAACAAUGCAAUACAGAGAGGUAGUUGACAUCAGCUUGACAGUAAAAUAAUCGAUCAUAACAUUCCAUGACAAACCUUACUCAUGAGCUUGAAUUAACAAUUAAGAAAUAAUUUACCUAAAUAUUACAAUUUUAUCAUAAUUUACCCUCGUACGUGCAUUUCUUAGGCUGAAAGUCAACAUUUUAUUGGUUCCAAUUUGUUGAAGCACCC